AUGGACCCCAAGUCGGCAAGCAACCUCUCCUUCAUCCUCAACAGGCCCCAUGACGUGCAGUUCUCGGACCGGCCCGUACCCGCCAUCCAGAGCCCCCACGACGUCCUCGUCGCCGUGAACUACACCGGCAUCUGCGGCUCCGACGUCCACUACUGGGAGCACGGCGCCAUCGGCCACUUCGUCGUCAAGGACCCCAUGGUCCUGGGCCAUGAGUCCUCCGGCACCGUCGUCCAGGUCGGCUCCGCCGUCUCCGCUCUCAAGGUCGGCGACCGCGUCGCCCUCGAGCCCGGCUACCCCUGCCGCCAUUGCGGCCCCUGCCUCGGCGGCCACUACAACCUCUGUCCCGACAUGCGCUUCGCCGCCACGCCGCCGUACGACGGCACCCUGACCGGCUUCUGGACUUCGCCCGCCGACUUCUGCUACAGGCUGCCCGACCACGUCUCGCUGCAGGAGGGGGCCCUGAUUGAGCCGCUCGCCGUCGCCGUCCACAUCGUGCGCCAGGCCACCGUGACGCCGGGCCAGUCGGUCGUGGUGAUGGGCGCGGGUCCCGUCGGCCUGCUCUGCGCAGCGGUGGCGCGGGCCUUCGGCGCCUCCACCGUCGUGUCGGUGGACAUCGUCGAGUCGAAGCUCGCGUUCGCGCGGUCCUUCUGCGCGACGCACACCUACCUGAGCCAGCGGGUCGCGCCGGACCAGAACGCGGCCAACAUCCGACGCGAGGCCGGGCUCGACGCCGCCGGCGGUGCCGACGUCGUCAUCGACGCGAGCGGUGCCGAACCCAGCAUCCAGGCAAGCCUGCACGUCGUCCGCACCGGCGGCACCUACGUCCAGGGCGGCAUGGGACGCCCCGACAUCACCUUCCCCAUCAUGGCACUCUGCCUCAAGGAAGUCACGGCCAAGGGCAGCUUCCGCUACGGUAGCGGCGACUACAAGCUCGCUGUCGAGCUCGUCGCCACCGGCAAGGUGGACGUCAAGCGCCUUAUCAGCAGCGUCGUCGCCUUCGCCGAAGCCGAGGACGCCUUCAAGAAAGUCAAGCAGGGCGAGGUUAUUAAGAUCCUCAUCGCAGGUCCGAACGAGGAGAGCGCUGUCACUGUACCCGUCGCCGCGUAG